GUCCACAACUAAAAUAAACCCUAGACGUCCCACAUCCAUCCCCGCCGACCCCACCUCGCACCUCCCCCGCGGCCCUUCUCCAGUCCCCGCCGCCAUCCUGCUUCGUCGCUGGGAGCAACGCACUGCCUCUCUCCCUUUGCGCACCGCGCGCCUCAGGCUUUUGCGAGGCAUCUUGGAUUUGUUGCACCGCUGCAGGAAAGGACGAGGUGAUCAAAUCUGAUUGCUGCAGCUUACCUAGCAGCUUGAAAUUGGGAUCAACGAGUAUGGGUUUGUUGGCGCGGCGGUUUCUGAAUUUGAUCGUGCCCGGCUGCUCCCCCGGUGUCAAAUCGUUGCGCCGCAUCGACCUGACGCGCCAGCGGCUGUUUUACCAAGUCGGAUCACCACCAUCACCACCACCACCACCACCACCAUCACCGUCGGCUUUAGAGAUGGAGACGAUCCGAUUUGCUGAUCCCAGCUUCACCUUCCGAGCUUUGAACAACGAAUGGAAGAUGGACUGCUUCCCGCUUGCGGAUUAUAGCGAGAGCAAGGUUAUCUGUGCGGACCAUUCGGGGCGCGGCUUUGUCUUUGAUCUGGACUCAGCUAUGGUGGGAACCAUCCCCAGACUCCGCCCGCCCAAGGUGAUGCCCAUCUCCAUCUUCGUUCACAAACCCCACGUCGAUGCUAACUUGCGGAUCGAUAGUAAGGGCAGCAGUCUUUUCCUCAUGGAGAAGGUUCUCCAACCGGAAGUGAGACGACGAGCUGGUGUGCCGCAGGAGAGUGAGCAGUUUGUGGGCUUCAUCAACCGCCUUAAUGGUUUGGCCGUCACUGGCAAAUCCUGGCACUGCCACCUCCUUCCACCACCACCAUUUGUACGGGAGACAUAUCACUGGUCCAACAAAUGCCUCCCCCAGAUCACAGCCUAUGGUGUGGUCGGUGGUGGCUCACAUGUUUGCAUAUCUGUUGAGGGUGUUGGCACCUACUGUCUGGACACAGAAAGCCUCUUAUGGAACAAAGUCGGUGACUGGACUCUCCCCUUCCAUGGCAAGGUUGAGUAUGUACCUCAGCUCAAGCUCUGGUUUGGCCUCUCAGCCGGUGCCCAGCAAUUGGCUGCUGUUGACCUUUCUGGCAUGCUGGAUUCUUCUCCCCAGCCACUGCGGCUGGUGGGAGGCCCUUGGAAGGAGCUUGUUCAUCUGCCACAGGAAUGGAAGGAGUGCAGGGAUCCUCAGUUUGUCAGCCUGGGUUCCGGCAGGUUCUGCAUUGCAAGGUUCUUCACCCAAGAAGCUGAAGCAGGCUCUGGUUGUGAUCAAAUGGUCCUCAAUAAUUUUACUGUCUUGACUGGCGUGGAGAUCAAUAGCAGUGGCAAAGGUGGCACAGGGAAAUUAGAACUCCAAAUGACCACUCACAUAUCAAGACGUGUCAACAACACUAGCAUCGAGACAUUAUUCUAACUAAUUAUGGUGCUUCGUUCACCAGACUCUCUGUUUUAUCUAUUAUCCGUGCCUUGAGGCAACUUAAUUGUCAUCAUAUAGAACUUAGAAAUGGAAGCCUGCCGCUAGCUGUUGCACCAUUUAAUAUUCUCCUGUAGUGAUGCAAAAUAUUACCCAAUUAAGUUUAAGCUAUCUUAUUAAGUUGAUUCCCUUACCGUUUAAGUUUAAAUCGUUAUACCUUGGUGUAAUUUGUACAUUGCCUCAUGUGAUGAUAUAUUCCAUAGUAUGAACUAA